UUCCUGUGGGUGUUCCAGCCUUUCUGGUCCUGUCACCGCACUUGUCUUUUUGACUUUAUCAGCGAGUUUGUCUACGUCGACAGAACACAGAUCGUCCUGUUUCCAGUGCGGGAGACCAGGUGUGGAUACCUACACACAGGGUAUGCACAAAAGUCACUGAGAGGUCCAAGUCUGAGAUACACAAAUGGAAAAUAAUUUCAUCUUUGGGGAGGGCAGUGACAUGUCAUAUGAAGACAAUGACUCGGCCUUCCCCUUUCCAGUUGGACUGACUUCACCAGGCGACUAUGAGUUGGAGAGAAGAAAGGGGAAAGAUGAGGAAGAGAUCCAGCCAGAAGCUUUUUUUAAUGUCAACACCAAUGCCACCACAAGAGGGGAUGCACAAGCGUACGUGGAGCUGAAUGAGCUCCAGGACAACACCUGGCAGGAGACAGGACGCUGGUUGGGCUACGAGGAGAACUGCAACCCUGCCACGGGAAAGUGGGGUCCGUCUCAUAUUUCCUACCUCAGUUUCAAGGGUCUGAUCCAGCUUCGUAAGACAAUGACUACAGGAGCUUUCAUCAUGGACCUGAAUGCCACCAGCCUGGCUGCUGUGGCUGAGAGGGUGGCUGAUGAACUCAUGUACAAGAAUGAGAUCCGCAGCAGUGAUCGUGACGGACUUCUGAGGGCCCUUCUCAUGAGACGCAGUCAGUCUGGGGGACCUGUGGUCACUUCCUCUGGAGAUAUUGAGAUGCAAACAUUUUCUGUGACCAAGAAGAGGGACAUCUCUGACAACCUAGAGGCCUCAGUUGUUCUGUCAGGUGUCCUGGACUUCCUGGAAAAACCAGUAGUUGCUUUUGUCCGACUGAACGACUCUGUGGUGAUGGAGUCAACUCUGGAGAGUCCUGUCCCCGUCCGCUUCGUGUUUGUCUUUGUGGGUCCCGCCCAGAGUGGAAUAGACUUCAGCGAGUGUGGACGUGCCAUGGGCGCUCUAAUGGGUGACUGGGUGUUCUGUCUGGAGGCCUUUUUGGCGCAGACCGAAAAAGACCUGACCAACGCCAUCAGUGACUUCAUGGACUGCAGCAUCGUGAUUCCUCCCACCGAGAUCCAAGAUACAGCAAUGCUGGAACCGGUCAUCAAUUUCCAAAAGAAGAUGCUGCGUGACAGAGUUCGCCCCUGUGACACACGACUUGCAUUUGGCGAUAGGCUCAAAGUUGACAAACCACCAGAGGCGCCCAGGGAAGACCCUCUGGCCCGUACCGGCUAUCCUUUUGGUGGGAUGAUUAAAGACAUUAAGCGACGUUACCGCUACUACAUCAGCGACUACACAGAUGCUCUGAACCCUCAGGUCCUUGCAGCAGUCAUCUUCAUCUACUUUGCUGCACUUUCUCCUGCCGUUACCUUUGGAGGACUUCUUGCUGACAAAACGGAGAAGAUGAUGGGCGUGUCUGAGCUUUUGAUCUCCACCAGUGUCCAGGGAAUCAUCUUCUGUAUCUUCGCCGCACAGCCUGUCCUUGUCAUUGGUUUCUCUGGACCGUUGCUUGUGUUUGAGGAAGCUUUUUAUGUUUUCUGCAAAUCCCAGGGCUUUGAGUACAUUGUGGGACGUUUCUGGGUUGGUAUGUGGCUGAUAGUGAUCGUGUUCAUCGUCGUGGCAGUGGAAGGCAGCUUCCUGGUCCGAUAUAUCUCGCGUUUCACCCAGGAAAUCUUCUCCAUCCUUAUUUCUCUCAUUUUCAUCUAUGAGACCUUCAAUAAGCUUGUCAAGAUCUUCAAAGCCCACCCACUGAUUCUAAACUAUAAGCAACUUAAUGGAAGUGAUUUCACCAUCACAACUACUGUUGUAAAUGGCACUGAGGUGAAAAAUAACGUUGCAUUCCCCAACACUGCCCUGCUGUCAAUGUGCCUGAUGUUUGGUUGCUUUGGCAUUGCAUUGUUCCUUCGUGGGUUUAAGAAAGGUCCUUACCUCCCAGGCGUGCUCCGACGUUUGAUCGGAGAUUUUGGUGUCCCUAUUGCUAUCUUUGUCAUGGUUUUGGUUGAUUUGCAAAUCGAGGAUACUUACACUCAGAAACUGGCUGUGCCAAAUGGUAUUCAAGUGUCCAACCCCGAUGCCAGAGGCUGGUUGAUCAACCCCUUAGGAAAUUCCUUCCCUCCAUGGAUGAUGGCUGCCAGCUUCGUACCUGCACUGCUUGUUUUCAUCCUCAUCUUCCUUGAAUCUCAGAUUACUACCUUGAUUGUGAGCAAACCUGAGAGAAAGAUGAUGAAAGGAUCUGGCUUCCAUUUUGAUCUGCUCCUCCUGGUCGUCAUGGGCGGCAUCGCCUCCAUUUUUGGCAUGCCUUGGCUGAGUGCUGCCACGGUGCGAUCGGUUACCCAUGCCAACGCCCUAACUGUCAUGUCCAAAGGCCCAAAAGCAGAGAUUGAGAAGGUUCAUGAGCAAAGAGUCAGUGGCAUCCUUGUGGCCAUCUUGGUUGGCGUUUCUAUUUACAUGGAGCCACUCUUGAAGAAGAUUCCUAUGGCAGCAUUGUUUGGCAUCUUUCUCUACAUGGGUGUCACAUCACUGAACGGAAUCCAGAUGUGGGACAGGAUGCUUCUCCUGAUUACACCAAAGAAGUAUCAUCCGUCUGAGGCCUAUGCAACCAGGGUAAAGACAAUGCGGAUGCAUUUGUUCACUGUGAUUCAGCUUGUGUGCCUGGCUGUCCUGUGGGCAGUGAAGAUGAGUCCAGCCUCUCUGGCUUUGCCAUUUAUUCUCAUUCUCACCGUCCCUCUGCGCAUGAUAAUGACUGGCAGGCUGUUCUCUGUCAUGGAGAUGAAAUGUCUGGAUGCGGAUGAUGCCAAAGUGACAUUUGAGGAGGAACCUGGAGUGGAUGUGUACGAUGAGUCUCCACUGCCUUAAAUUACAACACUAUUUAACCAAUAACAACUCAGAGACUUUUGAGAAAAAUAUUUUUUUCAGUUGUCUUUGAAAACAAGUACAUACAACUAGUUCCCAUUUCAAACUGUUCCAUUAUCAAUAUUAUUCUUUAAAGGAAGUAACCUCUCUUUUCCAGAAAUUAUUUCUAUAUGUUCUACAAGUAUGCCCUUAAUAGGAAAAUAUAUAAAAAUAAAUGUUAUAUGAUCAAAGAUUAACUUUAUUGUUCCUUAUCUAGUUUUCAUAUUUGAUUUGAACAAUUUGAAAUGUAAUGGGAAUGUUUAAUUACCUGAGGUAUUUAUUUAUAUUUCUUUCUUUUUAAUGACUUCCAGCAGUUUAAAAUAUCUCAAAAAUAAUUUCUGGUAUUUCUACAUUUAGAAUAGUCUGUGUUAAAACUCUCCAUACUAUGUCUACUAUUUCAGUUAAGCAAUGUGCAGUACACAUGUUGUUGACAUGUCACAGGACCAUCAGUCCUGUCUUUGCUCUUUUUAGUGACCUUUUCACUUAAUAUUGGUAACCAUGCUUUAAGAGGUGUUAUGCAAGUUUGCAUUAAAUCAUAUAUUAUGUAGAAUUUGUUGAACUGCUUCUGUCCAGUUCACGUGACUUGUUUGCAAUGUGAAUAUAAAUAUGUGUGAUGCACUUAGGUUUGAUUUUAAAUGCUUUACUAAGAAGGGAUUGGUGAGGAUGUGUGAAAAUAAUAGUAGAUAGACUUUAUCUAAGCCAUUUGUGUUCCCCAACAUUUGUUUGUGUGCUUGAAACACUGUACACCCUUUACAUUUAAAUUGUAUUAAAACUCAGUCAAACACAGAAUUGACUACAUGACUACUAAAAAAAAA